GAUUUAGAGUUGGUUUGAUAAUCUACAUAACCGAUGGACCACCUCGGUUUCAUCCCGAGACUAUCACAAAAUGUCACUCGACAGAACCCGAUGUUCGCAAAUACCUUCCAUAAAACGGCGGUUCCAGAUGAGGGGUUUUAACCCCCAUUCGCCACGUCAUGCACAGAAGAACGCGAACAUCGACUUCUACCAACAUCUACCGCGAACGAGAUCACACUUUUCGACCGGGCAGUUACCCUUCAUCGCGCAUUCUUUAAGCCUCACUGAGCGCACAUCCUAUAUCCCGUCGCCAAUGGCAAAAAUGUUGCGGGAAAUUGACCAGGGCGCCAGUAAAGUCGGCAGGCUGAUCGCCGCGAACCCUCUUGUCAUCAGCAGCGCCAUCAGCGGCGCCACCAUCGCGCUUUAUCCCGAUCUCACUCUCGGGACUCUCCUCGAGCCGCUCGGAUUCACGGCCGAUGGCGUAGUUGCAGGUAACCCACACGUCUACCUACCCCACUCCAACCACACCGCUGACAGCGGGCGGGGCGGCGGGUACAGGCAGUCUUGCCGCGUCGGCGCAAUUGGCGCUCGGAAAUGUAGGCGCUGGCAGGAUUUUCGAUUUCUGCCAGAGUAUCGCCAGCGGGGGGAUCGAGACAUCGACGGUUGCGGCGGCCACGGGUGCUGCGGUCGCCACUGCGUUCCGGAUGGUGGCUGCUAUGAGGAAGGAGGCCGCCAACAAGGAGGAGGAGGAGGAGGAGGAGCCUGCCCACGACUACGAGGAGGAGUUUCGCAGCGAGCGCUCGUCCAGCCCGCCUCCUCCUCCUGCUGCUGCUUCUAGAACGGAUGGGCGCGGAGGAUGGGGCCCGGGUGGACACAGCCCCAUAUUCAUAGAUCACAGCAAAGUGUGCUGGCUGUGUCGUCUGAAGUGGGGACCCGAGUGUCCAGAUCUACCAAAAACCACCUGGGCCUGCGAACGGUGUGACACA